AUGACCCGAUCAAAAGAAGGCUUUCUCUGGACUCCCCAAACAACCACAGACGGCCUAGAAACCGAAGCCGUCAUACAAAGCUCCAAAAUCAUAAAAUCUACUUACGAUGUCAUCGUCAUCGGAAGUGGAUUCGCAGGACUCAUCGCCGCACGCAAUCUAACACAAGACUCUAGCCUUCGCGUCCUUCUCGUCGAAGCACGAGAUCGUAUCGGUGGUCGAACGUGGACAGUGAAGGCAUUCGGUGAAGAAUUCGAGAUGGGUGGGACUUGGGUACAUUGGAACCAGCCUCACUUGUAUAAUGAACUUCAUCGUUAUGGGCUCCACCGUUAUCUGAAGACCUCGGCGGGAACUAUGAAGCCUGAGAAGUAUUACUUCAAGCCUGCCCAUUCCCCGGUCCGGGGGAUUUCACCAGAGGAGAGUGUAGCUGCUCUUGAACGAGUUGCUGAGAGUCGUGCUCUGAUGCCUUUUCCUCAUGAGCCUUUCCGGGAGCCGGCUAUUUGGAUGAAAUAUGACCAUCUAACCGUUAAGCAGCGGCUUGACCAUUUGGGCGGGUUAUCGCAGUUUGAGAAGGACAUAUUCGAGUCCAAUGUGGCGACUUUUGGUAGCGCGCCUGGGAGUGAUAUCGGUUUCACCGAGGUGCUUCGCUGGUUUGCACUUGGGGGACAUAGCAUGGCCGGCGUCUUUGAACGAGCUGGCAUCUAUAAGCUCGGUAAUGGAGGGAUGACAGCAUUUGCACGGGCUAUUUUGCGAGACUUCCAAGGCGACGUGUUAUUCAACACUGUCGUGCAGAAAGUCGACCAAGGUCGGAAUGGCGUCUCACUGCAAAUGCAGGAUGGCAGACGAAUCGAUGCCAAAGCAGUUGUAUCGACCAUUCCUCUAAACUGUCUCGGCGAUAUCACAUUCAACCCACCACUAAGUGCUCUCAAAACCGAUGCCAUUGCAUCCGGUCAUAUCAACAAGGGAGCCAAGAUACAUUUUAGCCUCGCUGCCACCGAACCUGGCUGGUUUGCGACUUGUAGCGCCUCUGGUACAUCGCUAUACGUCUUCGCCCUUUCCGAUCACAAUGGACACGAGCCAUCCGGUCCACGGGGAACAUGGUGCAUUGGGUUUGGGUAUAACGGGCAUCUAGUCGACAAGAGGAAUAGCAAGGGGAUCAUUGAGGCGUUUCGAGAGAAUCUUCGUCCUGAUGCUGAGGUCCAGGCGUAUCUCACGCACAAUUGGAUGAAUGACCCCUACGCUAAGGGGAACUGGAGCUGUUGGGGACCGAACAGAUUCAGCCGCUCCGUUCAGGAGUUGCAAAAGGCCGAUGGCAGGGUUUUCUUCGCAAGUGCAGAUUGGGCGGAUGGAUGGAGAGGGUUUGUCGAUGGAGCUAUUGAGAGUGGGCAAAAGUCUGCAAAUGAUGUGAAGGAAUUCCUGAACAGCCAGCACCGAGUGAAACUGUGA